AUGUGUUAAACAUCAAUUGAGGAAGAAUACAGUGUAAUAAGUAAUAUAGGAUGUGGAUUUUCAGCUGAGUAUUGUUUUAAAUUGAAAAUUAGUGUAUAAUUAGUUUCAAGAUCUGGAGAAUUAAUGGCACUGAAAGUAUUUAAGGCUUAGUAAGAUUAACUAUAUGAGAAUGAGAUUCGUAUAAUGAACAAGUUAAGUCACAUUUCUGGAGUUAUUAGAAUAAGAGAAAGUCAACUUAGAGGGUGUAUAAUGAUGGAUUAUGCUAAGUAUGGAAACUUACUAUAAUACUUAUAAUAAUCACGAUUGGAAGAAAACAUAGCCAGAAGUUUCUUUAAAUAAAUGAUAUUCAGUAAUAGUUCAUAUAUAUAAUUAAUAGUAAUUGAUAAGAUUCAUAAGAUGGGUAUUGCUCAUAGAGAUUUAAAAUUAGAAAAUAUAUUAAUAGAUGAUUAAUAUAAGUUGAAGAUUUGUGACUUUGGAUUUGCUGUUCAAUAUUUAGAUGAAUAAGGAAGAAGAAUUAAAGUGAAUGAGUAAUUUAUUAUCUUUAUGAUUAUAGUUAUGUUGGGACACCUUAAACUGCAGCCCCAGAGAUAUAUCUUAGACAGCCAUAUCAUCCAGUAGAGGCAGAUUUGUUUUAGUUAGGAGUUAUUUUAUUUUAAAUUUGUGCUGGAUCUAGUCCAUUUCAUAAUGCUAAUAUUAAGUGUGAUCCAAAUUAUUAGUUUAUCUAUAGGUAAUAUUUGAUUUGAUUAUGUAGAUAAUAAAUAGGAAAGUUUUGGGAAAAACAUUAGUUCGAGUUUUCAGCUGAAUUAAAGGAUAUUAUAGUCAAACUUUUGGCUUUUAAUCCAAAUCGGAGAUUAUCAGUAAUUUAUAUAUUUAUUUUUGUAUUAUAGAUUCCUGAAAUUCAGUCUCAUCCAUGGAUGUAAGGCGAAGUAGCUGAUUAAUCAUAAAUCAUUGAUGAAAUGGAAUACAGAUGGUCAUUGCUCUCUUUGUAAAUUUGA